AAUUUCGUUUUCAAACAUUCGUCCACUCUAAAGGUCUCCAGGAUCAAACCAGCUUGUAACUAACUGCUGUGACAGCCGCGAGGGGUCGAGGCUGGCCAAGCCUGAGCGGGAUGGCAGGGUUGCUGGGAGGCUGCGUUUGGAGUGUGGUGGUUGCCCGAGUUCCCUGUUGGGGAACGAGCUGGGGGAGGCCCCCUUCCCCACCUCUCCGAGUCGUCUCUGCUCUCUGGAAGUUACGGAAUCGGCAGCGCACCCCCAAAGCUCAUGUGACGUUUGCUGUUCAUCCAGGCGCCAUACCGGGGGCUGAUCACAUCCCUGUUGCAGACUUAAGCAGCGUUCACCUAUUUCGGUGGCCAACAAGACAGUGUCCACUGCUGCUGGACCGCGUGCUUCCCAGCGUCGCCGCACCUCGCAACCAGAGCCCGGCCGACAGCCCCGCGGUGGGGCUGGGGGCUGCCCGCCGGGACCCGGACUGGGGCGUGGCCUCGCGGGCUGGCUACUGCGCACGC